AUGAAUUUUGGAAACCAAUAUUGUCAAAGAAUCGAUCAUUUCAAAAACCCCUUAAUUGGAGUUUGUACAUAUAGAAACUGCUAAAACCAAUAACUUUGCUGUUAAUUAUGUCUUGUAAUUCACAAAGACCAUGCUGAAAGUUUAAUACAAUUUGAUUGGGUUAGAAGUUAGAUGGCUUUAGGUAUACAAAUUAUAAAGGAAAUACAGUUUAAUAUUUAAGAAUGCCAUUAAGUUAUAAAUAUUUUAAGUAGCUUUAUUAAGCCUGCUGAGGACUGCAUUUUUAAUAAUUUAUAAGAAUUUUAGAUUUAUAAUUUGGAUCUAUAAAUUGGUUAAUUCAGGAGAUUAGGAUUGGUUUCGGAUACUUUAUUACCAUAAUUGAGUGAAUUAAUAAAAUUAUUAAGACUGAUGGGAAAAGAAUGGGAAAAUUUAUAGAAGAGGCAUAGUUUUAAUGUAGAAGAUGAUAUCGGGGUCUAAAAGAAAAUAGAACAAACUAAAUUGAUAUAAAAGUAAAUUUAUGAUCAAUAGGGAUCAUUUUCAACCCUAAUAAAUAAGAAUAAUUAAUUUUUAGUUAGAUUUGAAGGGAAUUUAUAAUGUCGAUAUGUGGAUAUUUAACAAAAUGGAAGAAUUGUAUAAGGCUAAGGUUUAUUUUUUGGAAAUUAAAUGAUUCCAAAGAUUGGGAUGACAAAAUUUGCAUUAAAAAUAUUGGAUGUUAAGUCUUUUGUAAAUAUUGGUAUAGGCAAUAAAGACGUGAUUAUCAGAACAAAUUACACUCCUAACCUAAAAUUUAUUGGACAUGGGUAAAUAAUCUAUCUAAUUUAGAACCUACUUAAUAAGCAAUCAAGGCUACAAUUAUUCCCACUAAUCAAAGAACUAGAAUGAUGUUUAGUAAUCGUUUACCUUCGCUAAAUAUGACAUUAUACUAAUAGAAAUAGACAUGAAUAUUAAAUCAAUAUUAUGGACCAAAAAGUCAACCCUUCAAGAAUUUGUAAAUUUAUGUAUUUUAUCAUUAGUAAUUGCAAAUAAAUAAUGAAUAAGAUUUUUACCCAUUGAUUAUAAUACACGGAAAGGUUGAAGUUUUAGAUCACUUUUGA